AGUCACGAGCAAAGGAAGGGGAAAUCCUUGUAAAUCCCAUUCAGUGCCUUGUGCAUCCUUUUGGCAAAAAAUAGAGUUUUUAUUCUUUUUUUUCCACAUGUCCUCUCGUUUCUCAGAACUUUUGGGUUUCCUAACCAGAACCAGUCCGUUUCCACGCAUAGACUGACCGAGGUUCACCUGAGCGCGCGCGCCUCCCCACCCCGCCUCCCUCCCUCCUCUCACAAUCACGGAUUUUUUGUAAUUUACCAACCAAAAGAAAAACUUUCACACACUUUUCAGCGGCGUUAACAGCAAGCAAUCCCAUCAAGCCUGUGCAAUUCUGGACUAGAGAUCUGGAGAUGAAGACAGAUUUUACGCUUUUCUGCCGGAUUUGGAUUGGAGUAGCGUGCGCCUCAGGUCUGGUGAUUGGCUUAUCUAUGACUCCGCCCACGCUCGACGGCUCCAAAGGCGAUCGUGUAAUCUCUGUCAGCGAAACACUUUCUAUCACAUGCAGGGGACAGCGAACUCUGGCCUGGUCCUGGCCGGACCAAACGCUGUUUGGACAGGAACUCACAGAUCGUCAGAGCCAGCUGAAGACCACCGGGUCUCCCAGUCAGAGGACGGUCUUUAUUAGUGAAUGUCCCGGGCAGAAAGGGCAGCAGUACUGCAAGAGGCUGGUCCUGCAUAAUGCUCAGGCCAAGGAUACAGGCUACUACCGCUGCUACUACAAGGACAUCAGAGCCAUCGAUGGCACCACCGCUGUCAGAACCUACGCCUUUGUCAAAGACCCUGUGCAGCCCUUCCUGAUGAGAGGUGGACCCAGUGAAGGAGUGCAGACCAUUUUCAUCCCUCGCUCCGCCACGCAUGUCAUAGUGCCAUGUCUGGUCACGGUUCCUGAUCUCAACGUCACUCUCUACUGGUAUUCUGGGCCUAUGAACGCCAGUGGGAUGAAGUGGAACAACAAGCAAGGCUGGUCCAUUCCCAGAUAUGUCAUCGACAGUGCGCCGAUGGUCUUUGUAUCAUGCAAAGCCAUAGUGGAAGGCCAUCUUUACUCCUCUGACAACUACUUCAUCCAUAUCACGGGAGGUAAGAUUUACGAAGCCAAGCUGUUUCCUGAGGAGCCGGUAGAGUUGAUGGUGGGGGAGGCUCUCACCCUGAACUGCACGGUGAUGGUGGAGUUCGAAGCCGGGGUGGACAUCCAGUGGUCCUAUCCUGGUAAACAGACAAACAACUGGGUGGAGACUAAACCGCAGCGAGAGGCUUUGUCUCAUGCCGUGGAGGCGGUAAAUGUGCUGACCAUCCACCAUGUCAAUGUCACAGACUCUGGACUGUACAUCUGCAAUGCUACCACAAUGGAAACAAACAGAGUUCUGCAAACCCAAGUCAUAGUUCAUGAAAGGCCUUUUAUCAACCUGGACUACAGAGACGGACCUGUGGUGGAGGUAACUGCUGGACAGAAGUCAUUCAGAUUACAGCCAAACGUCUCUGCCUUCCCCACACCUGAAACGCAAUGGUAUAAAGACGGCGUGUUGAUAAACCACCGGCCAGAGUUUAAGAAGAAAAGGAUAAGAAUGCACUCUAACCACGCUUUGGAGAUUAAAGAUGUUUGUCAGGAGGAUUCUGGGCUGUAUGUGGUGGUGCUGAAAAACAGUGCCGCUUUGCUGGAGAGGAGGCUCAACAUCACGCUGGUUGUCAAUGUUCCUCCAGAGAUCUAUGAAAAAAAAGCCGCAGCUCCUUCCAGUCCUUAUCACAGAGGCAGCAGCCAGACGCUAAAAUGUACUGCCUACGGACUUCCUGCGCCCCACAUCAGCUGGCAGUGGAGAGCCUGGGGGCCGUGCAACGUCAACAGCACAGAAAAACGACUAGUCCAACGGGACAGGAAGAGCGGGAGAGACAGGAUGGCAGACUGUCAGAACUGGCAGGAAAUUGACUCAGAAAACGCAGUGAAUGAAAUCGAAUCUGUUGAGACGUCUGUGGAAGUGGUCGACAAUCAAGAGAAGAUUGUGAGCAGGCUUCAAAUACGAAACGCCAGUGUUUCAGUCUUCUACAAGUGCUCUGCUGAAAACAAAGUGGGCAAAGAUGAGUUUCCAAUCUACUUUUAUGUGACCACCAUCCCUGAAGGUUUCAGCGUGGAUGUUCAUCCCUCUGAGAAUCCCCAGGAGCAGGAGAAAGUCUCUCUGUCCUGCAGUGCUGACAACUACACCUAUGAGCAGCUGCUGUGGUACCGCCUUAACCCCCAGGCUCUGGAAGACCAGCAGGGCAAGCCUCAGGGGGUGGACUGCAGCAGCGUGCACCAUUACGCUGAGCCUCUGCAAGCAGAGCCCUCCUUCCAGCGACACUCAAACAGCUGGGUCCUGGAAUUCACCAUGGAGUCCAUACGGCUGCAGGAUGAGGGACACUAUGUGUGCAAAGCUCAGGGAAGACGCAGCGAGGAGAAACAGUGCCUCUUUCGAUACAUCUCUGUCAAAGCCCUGGAGGCCCCGCUGUACAAGCGCAGCCUCACCAACCAGACGGUGAACGUAACCGAGUCUCUGCGGAUGGAGUGCGACGUUGAGGGCAGACCUCUGCCCCGUCUCUCCUGGUUCAAAGACAACCGGCCCCUGCACCAAAUGUCAGGGAUCCAGCUGCAGGAUUCAAACCGUACGCUGAGCAUCCAGCGGGUCACAGAGGAGGAUGCUGGCCUCUACACCUGCACCGCCUGCAACCAGCGAGGCUGCGUCCGCUCCUCAGCCGCCGUCAAAGUCAUCGGUUCAAGUGACAAGGCGAACGUGGAGAUAGUUAUCCUCAUCGGGACUGGAGUCAUUGCCGUUUUCUUCUGGGCUUUGCUCAUCCUCAUCUUCUGCAACGUGAAACGGGUUAACCCAGCUGACAUCAAGACAGGCUAUCUGUCAAUCAUAAUGGACCCUGUUGAGGUGCCGCUGGACGAGCAGUGUGAGUACCUGCCCUACGACUCGUCACAGUGGGAGGUCUCCAGAGACAGACUCCGGCUGGGAAAAGUUUUAGGACACGGCGCCUUUGGAAAAGUAAUCGAGGCAUCGAUCUAUGGCAUCAAUAAGAGCAACAGUUUAAACACGGUGGCUGUUAAGAUGCUGAAAGAUGGAGCCACGGCCAGUGAGCACAAGGCUUUGAUGUCCGAGCUGAAGAUCCUGAUUCACAUCGGUCACCAUCUGAAUGUGGUCAACCUGUUGGGAGCCUGCACUAAACCCAACGGUCCAUUGAUGGUGAUAGUGGAAUACUGCAAAUAUGGGAAUCUGUCCAACUUCCUGCGAGCAAGAGAGUUCUUCCUUCCUUACAGGGACCGCUCACCGAAAACUCAGAGCCAGAUGAGGCGGAUGAUCGAAGCCGGUCAGACGGAUCAAAGAGCCGGGCAGACUCCUCCGGCGUGCUCCAGCAGUCCUCAGAUUACAUCAUCCAAGGCAUCUAAUCAGAACCCCCCCGCAGAGAAAAUGGAGGACCUGUGGAAAACCCCGCUGACAAUAGAGGACCUCAUAUGCUACAGCUUCCAGGUGGCUCGGGGGAUGGAGUUCCUGGCCUCCAGAAAGUGCAUCCACAGAGAUCUGGCAGCUCGAAACAUUCUUCUGUCAGAGAACAACGUGGUGAAGAUCUGUGACUUCGGCCUGGCCAGAGACAUUUACAAAGAUCCUGAUUACGUCAGGAAAGGCAACGCUCGUCUGCCUCUGAAGUGGAUGGCUCCAGAGAGUAUCUUUGACAAAGUGUACACCAGCCAGAGUGACGUUUGGUCUUUUGGAGUCCUCCUCUGGGAAAUCUUUUCACUCGGCGCGUCUCCGUACCCAGGAGUGCAGAUUGAUGAAGAUUUCUGUAAACGGUUGAAAGAUGGCGUAAGAAUGAGGGCACCAGAGACAGCUUCUCCUGAAAUAUAUGGCAUCAUGCUGGCCUGCUGGCAGGGCGAGCCCAAAGAGAGGCCGACGUUUCCUGCUCUUGUUCAAAUCCUGGGAGACCUCCUGCAAGACAACAAUCUACCUGAUGGGAAGGAUUACAUCCCCCUCAACAACUCGCAGAACUCAGAGGAUGAUGGGUUCUCACAGACCACAUCACGUCCUACAUCAGAGGAGGAGCUGAGACUGGCUUUCAGCACGCUGCCCACAAGGUAUUAUAACUGUGUCCCCUUUGCCGGCUGCAUGUUUGUUGGGCCCUCUAAAAUAUGCCACCCCAGAGUGAAGACAUUUGAAGAUUUGCCCCUGGGGAUGCAUUCACAAAAGCCUCCACAAGAUAACCAGACCGACAGCGGGAUGGUUCUGGCCUCUGAAGAAUUUGAGAGAAUUGAGCACAACCACCGGGGCGCUGUGUUAAAAAGUCGUAUGAGCAGCACCAGCAGCACGGAGCCCCUCACAGCCUCCCACUGUCCCACUGGUCAGAACACCAGCAGCUCCGGACAUCGUCCCAACUUCUUCAGCCAGCUGACAGGACAGACCUUCUACAACAACGAGUACGGCCACCUGUCCGAGGAGGGCUUCUGUGACUUCUACUCAUCGCCAGGGACCCCUUCCUUGGCCUCCUCAAACGUGUAAACCAAAGAAAAUGAGUGAAGAGCAGUGAUGUUGGUGGUCUGAGGGAGGAAUGUGAAAUUAUACUCAUGUCUCAUUAUCAAAAGGAUUGAAGAGCUUCUGAGCAGAGCUGGCUUUUUCUCAUCUCACUGUUCCUCCUCAGCAAAUGGACUUAACUGAUGUGCCUGGAUUUCCUUUAACCAGCCACUGGGUGGCAGUAUUACAACAAUAAUGAAUCAAAAUCGUUUUCUUUACAUACAUUUAUAUUUUUAUCUUUUAUAUAAAAUUUUCUUGCCUAAUUUUUUACACCUUUUGUCUUAUUUAGGAGAAAAUAAAUAAACUUUAUCCUUUGUUUGUCUCAUUUAUGU